UUGAUUUCUAUUAUAGGUUGAACACGAUAAACAUUGCACUUAAUCCGUUGGAUUUGUAUGAUCUUCAUAUUUCCCUUAUCCAAAUCUCUUUCUUAGUUUGGGAGGUAUUAACAUAUAUAUCCACUAAUCUCAUUUGCAGUGAAACAACGAUUGCUACCAGUCCCAUUUUCCAUCGUCUCUUUCAUAGUUGAAGUCAUCUGUUUGGUAUUUUCAUUCAGAUUCUCCUUGUAAUUGCUCUGCUCUAAUGGAGGAUUGCUCUCUCCCUCAGGACUCUCUUUUCCUUGGAUUCGACAGCUCUACCCAGUCGUUAAAAGCAACUGUGUUGGAUGCUAACCUCAACAUUGUAACUUCAGAGAUUGUUAAUUUUGAUUCUGAGUUACCCCAUUACAAAACCAAAGAUGGUGUGUACCGAGACUCAUUGGUUAAUGGCCGGAUUGUUUCACCCACUUUGAUGUGGGUGGAAGCAUUGGAUCUUAUACUUAAAAGACUUGAGGAAACAAAAUUGAAUUUGGGGAAGAUUGCCGCUGUUUCUGGCAGUGGACAGCAACAUGGCAGUGUGUAUUGGAAGAAUGGCAGUUCUACGAGAUUAUCAUCAUUGGACCCCAAGAAAUCACUGGUGGAUCAGCUUGGUGAUGCCUUUUCAAUUAAAGAAUCGCCAAUAUGGAUGGACAGCAGCACCACAGAACAGUGUAAAGCCAUUGAGGAGGCUGUAGGAGGUGCAUUGGAGUUGUCUAGACUUACUGGUUCUCGUGCGCAUGAGAGGUACACUGGUCCUCAAAUUCGAAGGAUAUUUGAGACACAACCAGAAGUUUAUCACAAUACUGAGAUGAUUUCUCUAGUUAGCUCUUUCAUGGCAUCUCUGCUUAUUGGGGCCUAUGCUUGUAUUGAUCAAACUGAUGGGGCAGGGAUGAACUUGAUGGAAAUUGAACAGAGAGCUUGGUCAAAAAUCUGUUUGGAGGCCACGGCCCCAGGUUUGGAAGAGAAACUUGGAAAGUUGGCUCCUGCACAUGCUGUUGCCGGUGUUAUUGCUCCUUAUUUUGUGGAGAGGUUCCACUUCAACAAGAACUGUUUGGUUGUUCAGUGGUCUGGAGACAACCCUAACAGCCUUGCAGGGUUGACCCUCAAUACUCCUGGAGACCUUGCAAUUAGUCUUGGCACUAGUGACACUGUCUUUGGGAUAACCACCGACCAUAAACCUAGCUUAGAAGGCCAUGUUUUUCCGAACCCUGUAGAUACAAAAGGCUACAUGGUAAUGUUGGUUUACAAGAAUGGAUCUCUAACUCGUGAAGAUGUUCGUAAUCGUUGUUCGGAUAAAUCUUGGGAAGUUUUCAAUACAUUUCUUCAGCAAACCACACCUCUAAAUGGAGGGAAGAUAGGUUUCUACUACAAGGAGCAUGAAAUACUUCCUCCCCUUCCAGUUGGUUUCCACCGCUAUAUCCUUGAGAAUUUCAAUGGAGACACUAUAGACAAUCUUAGUGAACGUGAAGUGCAAGAAUUUGAUCCUCCUUCUGAGGUCCGAGCAUUGAUCGAGGGUCAGUUACUUUCUAUGAGGGCUCAUGCUGAAAGAUUUGGAAUGCCUUCUCCUCCAAAGCGGAUAAUAGCUACCGGUGGAGCAUCUGCAAAUUCUAGCAUUCUAGGCUCAAUUGCUUCCAUUUUUGGGUGUAACGUGCAUACGGUCCAGAGACCUGACUCCGCUUCACUGGGUGCUGCGCUGAGGGCUGCUCAUGGUUGGUUAUGCAACAAGAAAGGUAGUUUUGUGCCAAUUUCGUGCAUGUACAUGGACAAGUUGGAUAAGACAUCUCUCGGCUGCAAGCUUGCAGUGGAUGCUGGAGACCAAGAACUUGUUGCCAAAUAUUCGUCACUGAUGAAGAAGAGAAUGGAAAUCGAGAACCGCCUCGUCCAAAAGCUGUCCCGUUGGUAAGUCUUUUUUUUUUGAAGUGCAAGGUACCUAGUGGAAAUAGUUGACUGUUGUUGACAACAGUGCUGUCUCACAUGGCAUUGUGGUAGUAUGUUGAGCCAAAAGUAAGCAUUGUGGACGGUCAUGUCUAUCUAAUUGCAUCUGGAAUAACUCCAAUCUUUCUAAUUUUUUAAUCAGGUUCGCGCUAUGUAUGUGUUAAUUAUACGCCUUUGCAUGCCUUUUUUUGGCGAAAUAUUUGAAUGUCUUUGACAUCGUAUGAUGAAAAGGAUGUACCUGCCAAGGAAGUAUGUUGAUAGCUGAGCACAAAGUUGAGAAGUAAAUCUCUUCUUUAAUUUGAAUUGGUUUUGUAUGUGAAACGGAUUCUCCAAAUUCAAGUUAAGACGGCC